AUGGGGGAUGAUGGAGUACAACAGAUCUACCUCCCAGAAAUCAACAGAACAGUUCGAGUGGUGUCGUACGAGAAUCUCUCGCCCGAAGCUUUCGAAUACUUCUUACUAAAAAGCGAGCUGGUUGCGGGCUGCACUGGCGACAUGUCUCUUACGCAGGUGCUGUCAUCCAAGCGAAUUCCUGUGUACGAGUGUCUUUCGCAUAAACGGAAACUCUACAGCAACAUUCUAAACGCCCCAUGGAUAGAAGCCAUGGAGGAGAUUGAUAUUCCCGUGGAGAAGGACUCACAGGUCUUCCCUGGGUUAGAGGUGCAUAACGUUAUGGUUUCCUUUUCAGGGAUGAAAGUACUGACUGCCGAGAAUGUAAGGCAGAUCUAUCCUAUCUUCCGUGCAAAGUUACUGCAGAACUCCUUCUCGCCAUGGUUCAAAAAGAGGUUGAAGGAGAUAUUGAAUUGA